CUGAAGCCCAAAACUCCACUUCACUUUGCAUCAACAACAAAGUCGACAUUUCCUGACUUUCUUGUCCCUAAUUACUGGGCCAUAAGAGAAACUUGGGCGCUAGAUAGAGACAUACCUCAAAAAUGCACGAGAUCAUCACCCUGCAACUGGGGCAGCAGAGCAACUAUCUUGCCACUCACUUCUGGAAUACCCAAGAAUCAUACUUCACCUACUCAGAGAACGACGAGCCCCUCAUCGACCACGAUGUGCACUUCCGCCCCGGGCUCUCCCCAGAUGGCAAAACGGAGACUUUUAUGCCGCGGACGGUGAUCUAUGAUUUGAAGGGUGCGUUUGGUUCGAUGAAGAAGAUCAAUGCGCUUUAUGAAAUCGAGGGCGAGGAGCCUGAUCCCACCCAGUUGGACUUGAACCCGACGGCGUCUGGAGUAUGUAGGCCCGGAAAGACAGUCCUCCAAAAGGCCGACCCAAUUCAGCCUUCACCCUACACAGAAGCUCUGAACUCUGGCCUCCCACCUCCCAGACCUACCCCCGACACAGUGAGAUACUUUUCUGAUUUCUCGCGGUUGUACUACCACCCACGGUCAGUCGUGCAGCUGAAUGAGUUUGAGGUAGCGUCGACGAUCCAGCCUUUCGAGCAGUUCAGCACUGGAGAGGAGUUGUUUAGGGAGCUUGACAAAGAGCACGAUCUCCUGGACCGCGAUCUGAGGUAUUUCGCCGAAGAGGCAGAUUUUAUGCAGGGAUUUCAAGUGUUUAUGGGGGUAGACGAUGCUUGGGGAGGUUUUGGAUCCAGAUACCUGGAGAGGAUCAGGGAUGAGUACGGCGCAAAGAUAGCUAUCUGGACUUGGGGGCUAGAAUCACCCAAAACCAUGUCACGGGAUAAACGUCUCCUCCGCCUAGCCAAUGUAUCCCGCUCCUUCACCGAGCUCUACACCCACUCCUCCAUCCUCGUCCCCCUCUCCCUCCCCUCCCGCUUACCCCCCUUCCUCACCAACUUCGACCCCACCUCCCCCUGGCACACAACAGCUUUGUUCUCCUCGGCAGUAGAAUCCGCCCUCCUCCCCUCCCGUCUCCGAGGCCAAAAGAAGGAAACCCUCAACACCAUCAUCGAAAUUCUGGAUCUAACCGGCAAGCAAAAGGUUGCCGGGCUACAAUUCUCAAUCAACUCCUCCCCCAUCAGUGACUUUUCCGAGGGGAUCCAACUCGACAUUAGACUUUCCUCCUCAGCAGCAGACCAAAUAGACGUCUACUCCAUUCGAAACCAAAACCAAAGAACACCAAGAGUCUUCAGCCAGCUGCUCACCUCCCGCGGGUUCUCCCCCUCGGAAACAUCUGGCAAAGAAGGCGAGGAACUCGAUGAAAAAGGCCGACGUAUCCGCAAGAGCUCUUACGAGCCGAUAACCAAGACUUAUGCCACUGAGCUGGCGUUCCCGAUUUUGGAUUCGUUUCCCGAGAUUUUCACUGUUGAAAAGGAUGAAGAGGAGGAGAAGGAGGGAGCGGAGGUCAAGGUCAAGAUCACAACCAGCUUGUCGACCGACUCGAGCGUCUGUACUAGGUUGAGAAAGCUGAAAGACACGGUGAUCAAGAGCAUAGGGCUGGAGGACAGGGAGAUGCUGGGGAAUGAUUUGGCGGAAAUGGCGGAGGAGUACCAUGAGGGCUGGAGUGGUGGGAGUGAUAGCGGGGAGGAUGAUUGAUCUCUCGAUGUAAACAAACACCAAAGAAGAAAAACAAUUUGAAAAGUCGUGGUGGUUGAUUCUUUUCGUGUCAGGAUAGCUUCUAACAAAAAAAAAAGGUUGUAAGAAAGGACAACAACCAAAAAGUCGAGAAAAAAAGCAAAAAGCUUACCGGCCAACCUUUGAAGGUGGCCGGCUAUGAAAACCCUCUGGGAAGGUUUUACUUCGGAAUCAAACUCGGGGGUUAUAGGUCCCGCGGCUGGGGGGCAGGCGGGAACAGCAGCUUUUACACCUUGACCAUUUGACCUGACCACAAAGUGGCGCCCCGGUCAAGAUGUUCGAGCUGCUGUUGGAAGGAGUAAAAGGGACCUAGUAUAUAUACCGUGGUUGGGUCUUUCCUUCUCAACAUUUGGCCCCUUCCUUUUGGACGUUGGCUCCUUCCUUCUGACGGUGGCUCCUUCCUUCUCAACAUGAGCUCCCAGAGUCGUCGAGUUAAUGAAUAACCCGAGUUACCAACGGUCUACUGACUCUCCGUAAACACUAAGGGAACAGAGCAGGGCGAGCUCCCUCGAAGGGGGGUGUGUGUACUUUCGUGAAUGGUGUAUCUUCAUGCUAUCAGGGCAGAAAAGAUCAAUGGUGUUAUCGACAAGAGUAUUGCGAGGAUUAACCACACAGAGUGAAACAAUCAAGAGCAUGUAUGUCGCAAACCGGUAACCGUGUUAUGCUAUUCUCAAUGCUACACAGAAAAGAGCCAUGAUUACCUCUACCCAAACCAAAAAGAAAACAAAAACGCUACGCCUGGCUAUAUCUACUGUAAUACUCCUACAACGACAACAACACACCAAUGCAAGCCGCUCAUCAACCCAGACGCCUCUCAUGUCCCAUAUUUCAUAUCCCAUAUCAGCCAUGUACCAACCUGACUUCUCAAAUCAUCAACCCAUCAAGCUGUAGUAUAACCCAACAGCCCAUCCACCUCCACAAACCACUCCUCAGGGUGCCCAUCCCUCCCGGUCAUCUCCGCCUCCUUCACAUCAACCACCAUCUUCUCCCUCAGCUCCCUAGUAAUCUCAUCCACAUCCACAUCCAAAUACCUCCUCAAAAACCCUCCGACCUCAAUAUUCUCCACAUUUCCCCUGAUAUCCUCCGUCCCCGG